AGGAGUCCUGGGGACAAGGGGAUUUGGGAAGGGUCGGGAAAUCAAGUCGAUGAUCGGAGAGUUAACAGUAUACAUAAAAAUCCCCAAAUUGGAUUCCAGCCUCAAUGUGAUGGUUCUCGUCUAGCUCUGUGACGUUGUCUCUGUGUUGCUUUGAGAUUUUGAAAUCAGAUUAGAAGAAGAAGUGGCACGAAAAGGAAAACCAGGAAGGUUAGAAUAAGAAGCUCCGAGGCGAACAAUAAGAAGAAUCGGAACGUUCUCAGAGGCUCAUUAAUCUCUCUUCAAAAUGAAGACCACGAAGGGAGGCAAGGUCAUGAACCCCACCGAUGCCUAUCGCAAGGAGCUUCGUAAGAAGGAAUUGAAAAGGAACAAGAAGGAAAGAAAGAAGGUGAGGGAAGUGGGGAUUUUGAAGAAGGAUCCUGAACAACUUAAGCAGAUUGAGAACUUGGAAAUGAUGAAGGCUGAUGGUGCUUUGGACAAGGCAAGAAAGCAUAAGAAGAGACAGCUUCAGGACACACUUAACCUUGUGUUAAAGAAGAGGAAGGAAUAUGAAGAGAAAAUGCGGGAGAAGGGCGAGACCCCUGUUAUGUUCAGUCAUUUGGGUCUUCCCCGAAGACGAACAACUGCAGAAGAAGAAGAGAGAGUCAAGCAUCCAAAGCCUGAGGACUCUGUUUACUAUCAUCCAACACUAAACCCCACUGGCGCUCCGCCACCAGGGAAACCUCCCAUGUUUAAAUCAUCUGUAGGACCCAGAAUUCCCUUGUCUGGUGCUUCAUCAAGUAAUGCAGCAUCAUCCUCAAAGUCAGAAUCAGAGGAUGAUGUGUUAGCUGUUCCUCCUCCUCCCCCACUUCCUCCUCCACCUCCCUUGCCUGAUACUAGCGGUGGUAGUUCAGCUGAAGGCUCAGUUUUACCUGAUUCUUUGCCUUUACCUCCACCACCUCCCAUGCCACCUAAGCCUGCUACUGCUAAUGUGCCUACAUCAUUGCCACCACCUCCUUUGCCACCCCCACCUCCUGGACCUCCACCUAAAGAGCUAGUUGCUAACCGCCCUAUACCCCCUCCACCUCCGCCCCUCCAACAGUCUCAGCCACCAGUACCUGGAACGAGUGGAAGUGAAGAGAGAAAUCAAUCUUCCUUGUUAGAUGAUUCAUCUUUGGAGGAGCGUGCUCAGGUAAGCUUAGCAACUUAUUCUUUGUUAGUGUCUCGUCCUCCGCCGCCUCCACCACCAAGUGGAAUGCCACCAAAGUCUGGUGCUAGUCAGUCAGAUGGCCCUUCUUCUAAUGCUGAUAAUAAAAACACUUUGGCGAGCCAGGAGAUCCCUACAAUGGUCCCUGGGCCCCCUCCAAGGCAACAGCCUUUAGUUCCAGGACCCACAUUAAUUCCAACCUUACAGCCUGAUGUUUUACCCCCCGGAACAUCUCGAUUUGCACCGCCCCCACCACCCCCUCCUGAUAUGAGACCUCCUUUACCUCCCCCCGGACUCCCAGGUCAAGCACCACCUCCUGGAAUGAUGGUCCCGAUGAUUCCAAGGCCACCUUAUGGCCCUCCCCCUGGGCCACCUCCAAUGAUGAGACCUCCACUUCCUCCUGGUCCUCCUCCUAGCUUCCAGGAGGAGGAUCAUGCGGCUAUGAGGCCACCCCCACCACAGAAACCAUCGUAUGUUAAAUCUGCUGCUUCAACUGUUGUUAAGAGACCACUGGCUCAGCACACUCCAGAACUUACGGCCAUGGUUCCUGCAUCUGUUCGAGUGAGAAGAGAAAUUGCAGCGCCCAAGCAAAAACCAAAACCAGCAGCAUCGAACUCUGCAACAGUUGCUGGAACAUCGGCACCAACUAUUGUGAAGUCAGAGUCAGUAAGCUCGUCAUCAGCACCAAAAGGACAGAGCAUUGAUGACUCAUAUAUGGCUUUCUUAGAGGACAUGAAGGCCCUUGGAGCCCUCGAUGGCUGAGAUAAAUGCAAGGGGUUAGAAAUUGGGGGAGUAGAAAGAAACCACGCUCAAGUGUGAAAGGAAAAAAAACAUGACUAGCUUUUGAGCGGACCUGAUGCGGAGGGUAGAGUUGUUUGCUGUCCUCUGUUUGUUGACUUCAUUAUCAUGCUCAAGGCAGGAGAAAGUAAACAAAACUAGCUUUUUCAGCGGAACAUGAUUCUGAGAGCUGACUUUUUUAUUGAUUUACUCCCUUUCUGUGUCUCUGAUAGUCUUUUUUUUUUUUUUUGAGCUGAUGGAUAGUCUAUUUAUUAAAACGAAUUGUUGCUUCAUAUUGUUUUUAGUUACAAGACAUCGAUUUAAACUAACUCGGUGGUUAAUAUGACGCAACGGGGGCAAUGUUCUUAAGGGCAGUGGAGCGGGCAAAAUGCAAGAGUAUAGAAGUAUAUUUCAUUCA